AUGAUUGUGCGCACCGUUAGAAUGGCGUUUGCUGGGACAAAUAUCAGUUUGUCCCAGCCGGAUAUCACGCAGAAACUAACGGAGCGCAUAGACGACCUGAAGCAAAAGAUCGCUGCUUGGGGGAAGCGGACCCGGGAUUUACCGAGAGGUCAAGGAGGUUCAACUAGAAUCGUCUUUUCCAGAGUGAUCAGAAGAGGCUCUAUAAAUCAUUGGAGCAACCAGAGGUACGUGUCGAGCGGGCCCAGAACCGGAUCAGGCUAA